GGAAGUAGAUCUGAUGGCACUUUUAUUAAAAAUUCAAAAAAUUUUAAUCUUCAGACUGUUGUAGACAAUGAAUUUGUUCAUCCUAUUAGUGAUAAUUUGUCUGUUUAUAGUAAAGAAGACGAUUAUCAAUGGAAAAUAACUUUUGUCGAUGAUAAAUAG